AUGUUUAUUCGAUCCAGUACUCUCACCCUCCUCAUGGCGGCUAUGCUUCGCUCGGCGACAUGUGCCACCGUCGACUCGCCCAGUGAUCCGAUUCCUAGCGAGUGGGUUGACGUCCUGCCUAUGGCUUGGGACAACACCGAAGCUAUGUCAAAGGAGUUAACACCAGAGUCUCAGUUCACCAAGUAUCAAAACUGGGCCUUGGACCAGAUCAUGGACGGAAAUGGAACUGUCAACAUAUGCAUGAGAUGGCACUCCAAUUUGACUCUAGAUGAGGAUACUCGGAAUGCCCUCAUGGUCGAGCAGAUCAAGCAGUACCAGCAGUGGAUCGAGUGGCUUCCUGGCUGGGACAACUUCCCUUUCAAAGAAGUCGACUUCAAAGUUGUUGCCUGGGCUGUGGCGAACGAUAGCCAGCUGGUAGGACACCGGGACGACUUCCACGUCUACACGGAGUUUGAAGACGAUGAUGGCUUGCCUACCUGCGACCCCGGUUGUUCGCGGCACCUGCACCCCGACGGCGACUACUCGGGGUGCGCACUCGGCCCUGAUCAUCGCUUCCACCAUUACUUCUUGAUCGACAACACGUGGGGCGACCGUGACAUGGGGGCUGCUGGCGGUGAAGGCUUUACUAUUAGCGAGUAUGGCUGGAAGAAUGUCGGGAGUAAGUUGGGUGACUGGCCUAUCCUUGUUCACGAGACGGGCCACACUUUCGGCUUCCGUGAUUACAUUAAUGACAUGACACACAACACGUCCGUCUGCUCCAUCUCCUGGCUUCCUCCGAAUGUCACCUACCAACUGGUCAUGGAGCCUACUGAUCAAGGUGCCUAUCUUCCCAAGGUUACGCGGUUCGAGGGAUGGUUCAUUCGCUACCUCUGGAGCCGUUUCUCGCGUACCAGAGGGUGGCAAAAGGAUGACGGUAUCGCCUUCCCGCCAACCACUGACUGCCCCCCGGGAUCCUUCUGA